UAAUAUGGAAAAUUGUGGGGGCCGAAAUAAAAUCUUGUGGUUCUGGGGUUCAUAAUAGCAAAGCCUCAACUCCUGAGCCCUAGCCCCUAAUUCACGAGACCAAACUCGCCGGGACAUCACCAUCGACGGUGCCUCGUUCACGCAAAAUCGCCGGAGAAGUCAGUAUCAAUCGUCAGAGCAUCCGUGUAAUUCAGUCUCUUCCAUUUAUACCGAUUCUUAAGCAUUUCAAACUCAGUGUAGCGAAAAUUUCUUACUGUUCUAUUGGGAUUGCUGGCGAUAAACUUGUCCGGUAAACGGAGCCACUGAAAUUCCGGCAGGGAAGAUUCUCAAAGUCUAUCGUUUUGUUUUCCAAUUCAAGCUCAAUAAAGUUUGACAGAAACCUAGAAAUGAGCUCAGGUGGUGCAUUUGGUGGAAACAGGGGUCUCCGACCCGUGCCUCCGGAAAAGGGAGUUUUCCCGUUGGAUCACAUGCAUUUGUGUGACCUGGACAAAAAGGAAUAUCUCAAUUGUUUAAAGACUGCUGGAAGUAAGUCUGAAGUAUGCAGGGAGUUCUCAAAAAAAUAUUUGCAAUGUCGUAUGGAAAAGAACUUGAUGGCAAAGCAAGAUUUGGCAGAACUUGGUUUUAAGGAAAAUAAUGCAGAAACUCCUGGAGGGAAAAUUACUGAGAGGAUUGGGGAUCAACACUAAUGAACCUAAAUACCUUAGAAUGUAUAUCACUUUUGAGGUUAAGUUUCGGUUGAAGAAGUCUCACAUUGCUUAGUUUUGUAAAGAAAGUUUUAUAAAAGAAGAGAGGGUUUAAGGUCCAAGACUAUAUAAUGGAUUCAAGUUCUUCAUAAUAAAAUGCACAAGUCAAAAACACUUUAAAUAUGUAUUUGAUUUUAUAUUUUCUCUCAUACUUUUGUGUUAGAAUGUAGUGAGGAGUAGUUAAAUAUUUUCUUUUGAGUGAGAUAGUGUAUUGAGGGCUUUGUGGUGGUUGAGAAUAGUCUAUUGUUGUAAUAAUUUUCACAUGAUGUUAUUAUCUAGUUGUCAUUUGAUAA